GCCCUAGUGUGCGCGCGAGUAGUGCACCUUUACGUGCCGUGUACGUCUGGCGGAGAGCUUGCCGCACAUGAGCACUCGGCGCGAUCGAUAUCCGCACCCUUUGCUCCGCGGGGCGUAAACUGCCACUGUGAGCACCGCCGAUUAACCGACUGUUUGUCACUUCACCCUGGUGCAAACUCAAAGUUGGCCGGUGCUGACCUGAUCGGGUCUACAGUCGCGAUGGCCACCUCCGAAGUGCUCAUUCAAAUCCCCUCGCUCACCUUCAAUGAGGACAAAAUACGUCUUGCUCCACCAGCUGACACUAUGGCAAUCAAGGUUGCCCAACUGGAGCACAACAUGCGAUUCCUGAGGGAGCAACACCAAAUCAUGCUCUCCAGCUUGCACAAGGAAAUUGAAAAUUUGAGGCAGUUCAACAGAGAAUUGCAGUUCCAACUUGUAAUGAGUGGUGCGGCAGCAAAAAUGAGCGCGCUCUCCAUCGAAGUACCACCCGAUUCAUUCGAUGAUACCGCUGAGCACCAAAAUAGACACGUCAACAAUGAUUAUGGCAGAGUCGAGCUACUUGAGAAGAGCUUGGCUGAAAUGCGGAUAGGUCUGAACGAAGAAAAGGGCCGGAACAAGCAGCUCUACGAAGUGGUCCGAGAGCAGCAGAGAAAAAUCGAACACCUGAAGAUGUUGGGCAAUAGAAGCUUGGCGUGCCAAGACGCUGUCUGCCAAGUGGAUUUCCCACCUGCAGAUCAGGUCGUCGAGAAUAGCACCCGGUACACGCAAACCUAUCGUAAUUCCGAAUAUUGGUCCAAGGAUUCACGGAGGAGCGGCGGCAAUCGUUUCCGCCGGCACAAUUCCGGCCGAUUUUCGAGUGCCUCCUUCAGUCACGACGAGACGGCCGGGCAGCAGCCGACCGGGUCAAGGCUGCAAAUGUUCCCACCACUGCAAUCGCCCGCCGGCUGGCAGCAGCAGCAAGCGCCAAGGCCAAAGACAAGCGUCGAAAUGGGCAAAGAAAAACUGCCGGCGCUGCAGUUGAACGAGGAGCACGAGGAAGGGCACUGGGCUCAGAGGAUGGAGCAGGCUCCACACUCGGACCGCAACCGGCGCCGACGGUUCAGGAGCAAGCGCGUUCAGGGAGAGCAGACUAACUGAUUUGUGUAGCAAUAAAGAUAAAAAAAUAUAUAGCACGCGCAUAUAAUAAUUAAUGCUUCGUUUUAAUUGCACAUGUUUACACGAAACGAGAGACUUCUUCUUAUGUACCAGCCGUUGUUAAAAAGACGUUAGUAUUCACAUAUCCCAGCAGGAUGAGUGACAUUUAAAAAAUGCAUUGAAUAUUUAGAGAGUGACCGAUGAACGAGAGAAUGUCAGUGCUCUCCUCAAUCUGGAAAUAUAUUUAAAAUUGAAAUUAAUACAAAUCAGC